AUGCCAACAACUAAAAUACAAUCCAAGAGAAAAAGGUCUAGAAAUGGUUGCUUAAGUUGUAAACAAAUGAAAAUCAAAUGCAACGAAGCAAAACCAUCUUGUGAGUAUUGUAUUGAUACAGGAAGAGCAUGUGUCUAUGCUACACCAAUUUCGAAACUGAGAAUGCAACGCGCUAGAAAACCAUCUUCAGUGAAUGAAGUGACUGAUACAACAACCACACCAACAUCAAGUGUUUCGUCAACGAUUGAAAUACUAGAUUCUAGAAUUACUGUAUCGAACUCAUCCUCCACUCUGGCUUCACCUUAUGAAGAGAAACCACUGGUACUGAUACUUUGCGGGUAUUCACACUACGAGCCACCACCCAAUUAUGUGGACCAUCUUACUCGAAGCUUGGUAUUGAAUCAGGCGUCCACAAUGCUAGGUCUACUGCGCUUCGAACUACGAUUGUUGAAAUUUUUCGAUAACCAAUGUGUAUACAUGUUUUCAUUUGGUGUGAAUGAAGGUGUUCAUCAUGCGUGGAAAUAUAAAGUACCGCAAUUGUUUAUGGAAAGUGAGUUGGUUCGACAACUGAUGUUUUCAUUUGCUGCUGUUGCUUUAAGUUCUAGUUUACCAUUACCUGAGGUACAAAGUUUGGAUAAUGAAGAUAUUUUUGGUACAUUGGCUCCACAUGAAGAAGUAUGCAAGUUUAAUUUGAUGGCAAGAGAUAAUAUCUAUUUGAAAACUACGGCGCAUUUCCUCGACACCCUAAAUAGGGCUCAAGAGAAGAUUCAACAAGUAAAUGUGUCAAAUUCAUUUGGUGAUCCAUUCACGGCUAAGGAAUUGAAAGUUUCGAGUAUUUUGAUCUUUGCAAUGUUGGGACUUCAACCAUAUGGAUUAAUCAAACUCAUAAGUUUCGAUGAAGAUGAAGAGACAGACUUGGUUAAGUUCUCUAAAAGCACAAGAGACAUAACCCUCAAUUGUGCAAGCACAUUACUCCAAUCCGAAAUAAGAGGACUUCUAUAUUUGCGUGUCAAUGAAGAUGUUUAUUGUCCUCGAAUAAAAGAAUGUGAUUAUCCCAUCAUCAAGUAUCUUUUGCAAGGAUUAUACGAGUUUCAAGAUUCAACUGAUAAAGUCCUUGAUGAUACUUCUCACCUGUAUCAAACGUUGCAAUUGACUCUUGAUUGGUUGACUAAAGCACUUUUCAGUUGUCGGUAUUAUAGAUUCCCCCUCCCACUAUUUCGUUUCCUUCAGAUAAUUCCUGAUUAUUUUCGAACCUUACUAUAUGCAAAGCAUCCGUAUGCAUUGAAGGUGCUAUACGUCUAUGCUAGUUUGUGUUUUAUUGCUAGAUUUCAAAUGUUCAAACAAUAUAAUAUUUGGCGAGAUUUUAUUGUUUGGUAUGAAAGUGAAAUGGGAUUAAAUGAUAAUGUGGAGAGGAAUUUGUAUCAUCUUGUGGUUGAUCAAUGUUAUGUUGUUACUAGUUAUGAAGAGUUUCCAUAUUUUGAUCCGGUUGAAGUAGUUCGUGAGAAAGGACCAACAUCAUGA